AUGGGCGACGAACGCGAUCCGCCGGCCGCCGAUGGACAGCCGCCGCUUGGGCACGUUCGCAUGGCAUCGGAGGUGGAUGGAACGCUUGGCGCCGAUGCGAUCUUGUCGGCCAAGGUGACCCAGGUGUCAGAAGAGACAACGGCUACGACGCCAGAGCCCGUGGCCCACGCCAGCGACGACGACGACGAUGACGACACGGACUUUGCCAAGUGGAACCGGGACGAGAUCCAGAUGGAACUGGCCGACUUGGACGAGUCUGGCGAGCGCAUCGAGCGCGUGGCCAACCUCUUCUUGAUGUACAACCAGACGGACCAGGACCACGUCUCGGCGCUCUGUGCAACGUGGCUGCGCGAGAUGAAGGCGGCCGACACGCAUGACCGCAUCCCGUUCUUGUACGUCGCGAACCACGUCAUUUUCAAGACCAAGACCAGCAAGUCGAGCCCGUCCACGCUCUUUGCCGAGACCUUUCGCCCGCUCUUGCCCGAAGCCGUCUCGCUCGUGUGCACGUCGCCCGCCGACCGGGACACGGUUGUGCGCAUUCUCAAGCUCUGGGCCGAGCAGCAACUGUACCCGAUGGACGACAUUCGCGGGCUCUGGAAAGAGACGGGCGAGCCGCUCCCGCCGUCGUGGUCGGAGACCCACGCCGCGACGCCGACGACCGCGUCUGCGAUGGACAACAUGUUUGCGACCAUGGACGUCGAGCCAGAUCUGCCCAUGGGGCUCAAGGCACGCGCGGCGCACCCGCUCGUCGAUCUCUUGAAGCGCAUCGACCACGCCAAGCACAUUGUGCAUCACCUUGAACCCAAGAUCCAAGCCAACCACCAAUAUGUGCUCCAAUCCGCGUCCUCGAACGGCAAGGUGGAAGCCUGCAUGCAGAUGAUUGUCAUCCGCAACAAGUACGUCAAGGAGCUCCUCGACCUCCAGAAACUCGUGCAUGUUACCGCGGGCAAGUUGCUCGAGGACCAGGUUCCUGCGACGCGAGUGCGCGCCACGUCGAUCUCAUGA